CACCUGGAGCGCCAAGACGCGGAUACCCGCGGUGAUUAGAGUUGGGGCAAGCCGCUGGGAGGGAAGGGUGUCCGCAGCUCUCCUGGCGGUGACAGGGCCAAAUUCACCAGCAGCCCGGGCAGUCGUCAGAGGCCGGGCGCGGCAUGUCGUGGGUGCCGCGGGACUGGCAGUGAACGCACGGUGGGCAGGAUGGACCGGCGUCGAGCUCUAGAGCUGUACCGGGCCCCGUUUCCGUUGUACGCGCUUCAGAUCGACCCCAGCGCGGGGCUGCUCAUCGCGGCGGGCGGAGGAGGCGCGGCCAAGACGGGCAUAAAGAAUGGCGUGCACUUUCUGCAGCUACAGCAGAUUAAUGGGCGCCUGAGCGCCUCCUUGCUGCACUCCCAUGACACAGAGUCACGGGCCACCAUGAACUUGGCAUUGACUGGUAACAUCCUUGCUGCAGGGCAGGAUGCCCAUUGUCAGCUCCUGCGCUUCCAGGCCUAUCAGCAAAAGGGCAACAAGGCAGAGAAAACAGGUUCCAAGGAACAAGGGCCUCGACAAAGGAAGGGGACAGCUGCAGAAGAGAAGAAAUCGAGAGCUGAAACCCAGCGCGAGGGGGUAGAACUCAGGGUAGAGAAUUUGAAAGCAGUGCAGACAGACUUCAGCCCUGAUCCACUCCAGAAAGUCGUGCGCUUCAACCAUGAUAAUACCCUGCUUGCCACCGGAGGGACGGAUGGCUACAUUCGUGUCUGGAAGGUACCCAGCCUGGAGAAAGUUCUGGAUUUCAAAGCCCAUGAAGGAGAAAUUGAAGACUUGACUUUUGGGCCUGAUGGCAAGUUGGUAACCGUGGGCUGGGACUUUAAGGCCUCUGUGUGGCAGAAGGACCAGCUAGUGACACAGCUGCACUGGCAAGAGAAUGGACCCACCUUAUCUGGCAUGCCUUACCGCUACCAGGCCUGCAGGUAUGGACAGGUUCCAGACCAGCCUCGAGGGCUGCGACUCUUCACAGUGCAGAUCCCACACAAGCGCCUGCGCCAGCCCCCACCAUGCUACCUCACAGCCUGGGAUGGGUCCACUUUCUUGCCCCUUCGGACCAGGCCCUGUGGCCAUGAAGUCAUCUCCUGCCUGAGUGUCAGUGAAUCAGGCACUUUCCUGGGCCUGGGCACAGUCACUGGCUCUGUUGCCAUCUACAUCGCUUUUUCUCUUCAGCGCCUCUAUUACGUGAGGGCCCAUGGGAUUGUGGUGACAGAUGUGGCCUUUCUACCUGAGAAGGGUCGUGGUCCAGAGCUGCUCGGGUCUCAUGAAACUGCCCUUUUCUCUGUGGCUGUGGACAGUCGUUGUCAACUACACCUGCUACCAUCACGGCGGAGUGUUCCUGUGUGGCUGCUGCUCCUACUGUGUGUUGGGCUUAUUUUUGUGACCAUCCUGCUGCUCCAGAGUGCCUUUCCAGGUUUUCUGUAACCUCCCUGUCCCCUGAGGAUCAGGGGCAUGAACACUACCACCUUCUAGAUCAGAAUGGAGGCCUGGACCCUACUGCUUGCCUCAUUUGGGUCCACAGCUGAGGAUGCCUCUGGUGAGACUGACGGGCACUGCUUGCCCUUCUCAGUUAAAGCUUGUCUGUGGCCCUGAGUGACUCUGGGUCCUGUGAGUCCUGCAUUCAUCACCUGUGGAUCCACCCAGGACAGUGGUAUCUGAAGCCCAGGCCACACUACCUGCUUCCUUGCCCUUUUCCAGAAACAUACCUAAGAGCCUGGAGGCACUGCCAUCCUUUCUGCAGAAUCAAUCAGUUCCUCCUCCUCCCCUCACAGCCUUCACGUGAAGGCUUUCUUCCUGGCUUUUGCUGGGAAGAAGACUAGUCUGGUACUGGCUGUUCGAGCAGGAAGGGGCAAAAAGAAAACUCAGGUAGUAGUACUCUGUGGGUUCAGGUGGGUCACACCAAGCCAGCCAGUCUAAAUAUACAAUAAGUUCCAGGAUGGCCUACUCUAGCCUUGAGGAAAGGGAAAAUGAACCUCAGCCUAUUAGGUAGGAAGAGU